AUGGCUGCAAGAUUGUCCCUCACUGCUCGCAGUAGGCUCCUGCGAACGCCCAAUCUACUUUCAGCCCGUCUACUUACUCCGAUCCCGCGUUCGACAUUCUUCCGUGCCUCGUCUGUCGUCCUCCCAGCUAUUAACAUCACCCCAAUCUCUGUCCGCCACUAUGCACAGGGACGCCCACACCCUCCAGGUGGUACUCACCGCAUGGACAUGAGUGGGGAGCCCGAGAAGUCCGCCCUCGAACAAUAUGGUAUCGACCUUACAGACAAGGCGAAAGCUGGAAAGCUAGACCCUGUAAUUGGACGAGACUCGGAGAUUCAUCGAACGAUCCAGAUUCUAUCCAGACGAACGAAGAACAACCCGGUGCUUAUCGGUGCUGCUGGUACCGGUAAGACUGCCGUUCUCGAAGGCCUGGCCCAGCGAAUUGUGCAAGGAGAUGUCCCGGAAAGCAUCAAGAACAAACGCGUUGUCACACUGGAUUUGGGUUCAUUGAUUGCGGGUGCCAAGUUCCGUGGCGACUUCGAAGAGCGCCUGAAAUCCGUACUCAAGGAGGUAGAGGACGCCCACGGAGGUGUCAUCCUCUUCAUCGACGAGCUUCACACUCUGUUGGGUCUGGGCAAGGCUGAAGGCAGCAUUGAUGCCAGUAAUUUGCUCAAACCUGCACUGUCGCGAGGCGAGCUCCAAUGCUGCGGUGCCACCACACUUAAUGAAUAUCGAUUGAUCGAAAAGGAUGUGGCUCUUGCUCGACGGUUCCAGCCCAUCUUAGUGGGUGAACCGUCAGUCCCUUCGACCAUCUCCAUUCUGCGUGGUAUAAAAAAUAAAUAUGAAGUGCACCAUGGUGUCAGAAUUACCGACGGUGCUUUAGUUGCUGCCGCCACCUACAGCAACCGCUACAUCACUGAUCGAUUCUUGCCGGACAAAGCAAUUGACCUCGUUGAUGAAGCUGCAUCAGCGCUGCGGUUGCAGCAAGAGUCGAAACCAGACUCCAUCCGGGAGCUGGAACGUGAUAUAACCACCAUUCAAAUUGAGCUCGAGUCUCUCCGUAAGGAAACCGAUGUCAGUAGCCGCGAACGACGAGACAAGCUCCAAGAAGAGCUCAAGACCAAACAAGCAGAGGCGAGUGAAUUAACGGAAGCGUGGGAGAAAGAGAAGGCUGAAAUCGACACCAUCAAACGUACCAAGGAAGAUCUGGAACGUGCCCGAUUCGAACUCGAGCAAGCUCAACGGGAAGGAAAUUUUGCCAAGGCCGGAGAGCUGAGAUACUCCACCAUCCCGGAGCUCGAAGCCAAGCUACCCAAAGAAGGUGCUGAGCAAGACGUUAGGCAACAGACUUUGAUCCAUGACUCCGUUACUGCCGAUGAUAUUGCCAACGUUGUCUCUCGGACUACAGGCAUUCCUGUCAACAAGCUUAUGGCUGGAGAAGUAGAGAAGCUGAUCCACAUGGAAGAUACUCUCCGAAAAUCAGUUCGUGGACAAGACGAAGCUCUUUCUGCAGUCGCGAAUGCUGUUCGGAUGCAACGAGCAGGCCUCAGCGGUGAGAACCGCCCCCUGGCAUCUUUCAUGUUCCUUGGUCCUACCGGUGUUGGAAAGACGGAGCUUUGCAAGAAGAUGGCUGGGUUCCUCUUCUCUACCGAAACUGCAGUCGUGCGCUUUGACAUGAGUGAAUUCCAAGAGAAGCACACAAUCAGUCGUCUUAUCGGUUCUCCUGCUGGAUAUAUUGGUUAUGACGAUGCUGGACAGCUUACCGAGGCUGUCAGACGCAAGCCCUAUGCCGUUUUGCUGUUCGAUGAAUUCGAAAAGGCCCACCGGGAUAUAUCUGCCCUAUUGCUGCAGGUUCUCGAUGAGGGAUUCCUGACUGAUGCCCAGGGCCACAAGGUCGAUUUCAGAAACACCUUGAUUGUUCUGACCUCGAACCUUGGUGCCAAUAUUCUAGUUGGAGCAGACCCCAUACACUCACACAAGGUCUCUGGUGAUGCAGAGCUGUCUCCCGACAUCAAAUCGGCCGUCAUGGAUGUGGUUCAGGGAGCAUACGCACCUGAGUUCCUGAACCGCAUCGACGAAUUCAUUAUCUUCAAGCGCCUGUCGCGGGAGGCUCUGCGUGAUAUUGUCGAUAUCCGUCUCAAAGAGCUGCAGGCCAGACUUGACGACCGCCGCAUGACCCUGCAGGUUGACGAUGAGAUCAAGGACUGGCUCUGCGAGAGAGGCUACGACCCCAGAUUUGGUGCUCGGCCUUUGAACCGUCUUAUCUCCAAGGAGAUCGGAAACCGCUUGGCUGACAAGAUCAUUCGAGGUGAAAUUGUUUCUGGACAAACUGCUCGUGUUUCUCUUGAUGACACCCAGUCUGGUCUGGUGGUCACCACCCAGGAGUAA